AUGCAGACCUUACCAACUUUUGCUCUUAAUGCGGUGGACUUUAAGUUUUCUAAUUUCGUGUGUAAAAGUUACAACGAAUCUUGGGUCAUUUUCCACAACUGCCGCCUUAAAGCCGUCAGCAGGGAAAGAAAUAUCCUCAAUAUGAAUGCGACAAUACUGCAUCCGGUUAAUGAAAUUUCAGUGCGUGUUAAGGUAUGGAAAAGAGCUUCUGGGUUCAAGCCCUUUUUAAUGGACACUACCAUCGAUGCUUGUCGUUUUGUGAAAUCAUCCUACGAUCCUGUUGGCAAAAUAAUCUACAAUAUCUUCAAGGACUUUUCGAAUAUUAAUCACACUUGUCCUUAUGUGGGACCACAAAUUGUAAAGGAUUUUUACCUCCGAUCUGAACUUUUACGGCUGCCCUUUCCUUCGGGAGAUUAUUUGCUAUCGAUGCAGUGGUACUUCUACAAAAGACUCGUGUUUGAUACGAAUGUUACUUAUAUUUUUAUGGAGGAUCUAUUGAAACGAACCUAG